UAUAGUUUUUUUUUGUUGAUACAGAGCCUGGGUUGCAUUCCCUUGCGACCGGGUCGACUCGGUCAUGGGGAAGCCAACCAAGCGAGCACAAGCUGCGGCCUCGAAGCCUACGAAGGCUUCGGCAUCGGGAAAGAAAAGUAGUCCGGACAAACAAUCUGUGUCCCACACGUGGACCGUCUUGCUGGUGCUAGUGCUCGUCGGCGUUGCUUUGUGGAGUGCACUCCCGAACCAGCAACGACCUCGGCAAGUAGAACCUCCGAGCGGGGAAGAUGUGGCUCAGCCGGCCGACGACAGUGCUGGAAAAUCGCCAAAAGCAGAGACCAAUCCCACCAUUGCUAUUGAUGACAGCAAGGUAGGCGAGACGAAUAGCGAUCCGGAACCCAUUCAUCCGGAGCUGCAGCGGGAAAAGGAGUGGAAACCAACCACGCUCAGUGGAUUGAGGAUGAGCGGAGCACUGGAAGUAGCUGGUCGCCGACUGCAUCCGAAGCAGGUCAAGACUCGCCUGCGAGAGGAUGGGCCCAAGAGGAGAACCGACGUAAAAAUGUACACACUGGACCACGUGCUCACGGACAACGAGUGUGCAGGGUUGAUCGGAGCACACGACCAGCAUAGGCAGAGGAUGAAAGAUCCGAUCUUCUGCUUCGAUUCAGAGAAGACUCUGCAGGCACAUCUCAAGGAGCACACGCAGCUUCGAAAGCUGAAGCUUGCCGAUGGCGACUUCACAGAGGGCACGACUUGCCUGAAUACGACCAUGUCCAGAGUACUGGACAAGUAUGUACAGUACAGUGUGAGUACAGCGUUCUACACGGGCGAGAGCAAGUUUAGCUACGACAUGGAUAAGCGUAUCGAAGAGGCUACGGGCAUGCCGGCAUCACACGGCGGUAAGUAUCAGAUAACGUCAUACAGCACUGGAGUGGGUUACAAAACACACACCGACUGCAGGGUGGAGUCGAGGGAUAAGCGCGAUCGCGUCGCCACCGUUCUCGUCUACCUGAAUGACGUUCCCAGCGGCGGGCACACCAUAUUCCCGGAGCUGGACGUGAAGAUCGAGCCCCGGCGUGCACGCGGCCUCAUCUGGAACAGCAUGUCGGCAGAUGGAAUGUGUGACAGCACGUCUGUGCACAACGCCUCCAUGGUCGAGUCCGGGCGGAAAGUCAUUCUACAGCGCUGGUAUUACUACAAUACCUUUCCCAUGCUCGGAAAACGAUUUGAUCCGCCGACAAUACCAGCACGCGAAGACAACCAGCCCUUCAUCAGCUGUGACCAGUAUGACCAGGGAAGCUGUAGGAUGUAUGACGAAUGGCAAUACAUACACAUCAAGGAGUACGUCAGACAGCAAAUGUCACGGUGAUGUAAUGAUGAUGUCACAGCUUUUUGCCACGACUCAUGGUAAGCAGAAACACGCAGCCCGCCUUCUGCAGUCAGACCAUUGGAACCUACUUUUUCUUUCUAGUCAUAUUGGAGCUGGAGCUCAUGUGCCGGAUUGUGGGCACACCUGGUGAAAAUCCUGGUCGAGGUGAACAUGACAUUGUAUUAUUUAUAACGUUUUGUAUGGUGACAUUGCCACAUCAUGGCUUGUUCACACAACAUCAAACGUUUCAGUGGAAAACUCCAUAGUAUGAAUGAUUCAGGGACUAAUCAAGUAAUCAUUGAACUGAUUAGAUACCAGUCUAGUCGGGCCUUCGGUACCUUGCUACAUUAGGUUGCUCUCGUCGACUAUUUAUGGCUUCAAGUGCCCAAAAUCGGAGGCAACUCUUUCCAGACUUCCAUACCACUCUUAUACAUGUACAUGUACAUAGGCGCUGCAUCUGCCACUGGGUUUACCGGGUGUUAGCGGCUGUCGUGAGUUUCCUUUGGGAACGGACAGCUUACUGUUUUUACUUUUUAAUCGGCCCGUACCAUCCUCCGCCGGGGGUAAUGCCUGCAUCUGGAUAACUCAGUGAUCAGACGGUUCUGAUUAGAUCACCGGGACAACGCACCGUGUCUCACUGUAUGGAUUUGCUUGACUAUUGUUAUCCCAUCAUCUACAUUGUAGGUCAUCCUGACAUUAGAUACUAUACUAGUGAAUACUAGUGAAUACUAGUGAAUACUAGUGAAUACUAGUGAAUACUAGUGAAUACUAGUGAAUACUUGAUUGAUGUGUAUGUUUCUAGCCCAUCAGGGUCUGAUCCGUCAA